AUGGAUUGGUUCGCGUUUUUUCUCCAAAAAUUUGCUGAAACUGAGCGAAUUCGCAAAAAAUCCUAUUUUAUUCGAGAUAUUUUGGAUUUGAACAGUAAUAAUAAUGAAGAAGAUGGAAAAGUUGAUGAUUUUGGAAGAUUUGGUGAGUUCGUUGAAAUCUAUGAAAAUCUAUGAAAAAUUUGAAUUUUUGCAGUUCCGCUCAAAAUUUCCACAAAAUCCACGUCGAAAAAGAAGAAGAAGGCGAGGACCACGUUUUCGGGAAUGCAGGUUUUUGAGCUGGAAAAACAGUGAGUUUUUUUGGAAGGGGAAUUUGGAAAAUCCACGUGGAUUCAGGGAAAAAUUGGAAUUUUUCAAAAAAAAUUCUGAAAAUUAUCUUUUUUAGUGAAAAAUCUGAAAUUUUUUUCAAAAGGUUUCGGAAAUCCAAACAUUUUUAAGAUAAAAUUUAAUAUUUGAAAAAUUCAGCGAAAGAUUUGAAUUUUUCAUGAAAAAAAAAAUGAAAAUUGAAAUUAUUCGGGAAAUUCUCAAAAUAAAAUUUGAAAAGAUUAAGAUUUUUCAGAAUUCCAGAACUAAAAAUAGGAUUCUCACCUUCGAAAUCAGAGCUAUACAUUUUUUUCAAUUAAAAAAACCCCUCUUUAAAAAAAUCCAAUUUCUAGCCAAGCUAAACCCUACGCCCCUCUAAAAUCCAUUUUUCUUCCAGAUUCGAAGCCAAAAAAUAUCUAUCAAGUUCGGAUCGAAGUGAAUUAGCUCGUCGAUUAUCAGUCACCGAAACCCAAGUCAAAAUUUGGUUUCAAAAUCGGCGAACAAAAUGGAAGAAGUUGGAAGCCGAAAAAUCGCUCGAAGAAUCGAAUAAUCAUUGA